AUGGCCCAACAACACGGCCACAAAUGGAUGAAAUCGUAUCGAAAAUUGAUCAAUAUUCAGAUUAGCUAUUUGAAGUGAGAAUCGUGGUAGUAAAGUUUGUCAUUCGUGUGUACGAUUUCUCGAACGGUAUAAUACUGUUAUGAAGGAUAGUAGAAUUACAUAUUAGGAAAUUUAUCAGUCGUUAUUUUUUUUUUUUUUUUUUUAUCAAUUUAUGAGGUGAUAUAUAUUACAUUGACAAGUGCACGCUUUUUGUGUUUUAUAGGUAUAGUGGUUUCGGAAGCAUUGACUCAAGAAGCUCGGCGUUAUUAAACAGUGCCUACUUUGUAUACAAAGUAUGGAUAUUGACAACGAUGUACAUCUUCGCAAUCACUGUUUUUGCGGAUAUUUAUGUGAACAGAGGCGACUUGUCGAUAAGCACCGACGACGGCUGUAUUUUUGCUGGAAUUUUCGUUAUCAUAUACAAGGCGAUGAACUUCCAAUUCCAUGGAAAAGAAAUAAGAAAUCUGUUGGACGACAUAUUAAAAUGUAUCGACAAUCUCUGCGAAUUUUCCGAAGUCGAAUAUGUUAAGGAACUUAUCGACAAGUAUUACAAACGACAACGUAUUUUCUUCAUUGGGUUUAGUGUGUUAGGAUUUACGUUGGCAAUUGUUCUGUUAUUAUUCUCACCAAUGGAGAACGGACUACCGAUCAGAGCCCAGUAUCCUUUUAAUACAACGGCAUCACCUUCGCACGAGAUAAGUUUCGCCAUAGAAAUCUCCGCCAUUUCUGGCGGUUUAGUAGGAUUAAUAGGGAUAGACAGUAUUUCGAGCGUGAUCUGCGUUUUGCUCACUCAACUGUUUGACAUGUUGAAUGCGAGCUUUGAAAAUUGCACGAAUGAAACGGACGAGAAUCACGAAUAUUCGUUACAACGAGAGGAAAUCGAACAAUAUGUUUCUCCGUCGUUACAAGAUAUGUCUUCAAUUUCAUCAGCGGUUAAUACCUAUGUGCAACGAUUACAACAAGUUGUUCAGCAUGAGCAUGUUCGUUCAGAUGCUUUCGAGUACUUCGAUCAUUUGCCUGACUGGCUUUCAGGCUAUUGUGGUAAGACAUGA